AUGGCCGAGAAACCGACACCUGCUGCUGCGCCGACGCAGUGCGUUGGCCCGACCUUUAGGUCCGUCGCCGACAAGCCGACUGCGACGGUGUCUCACGAGGUGCCCUUCGAGAACGUCUGUGUCCUGCCGCAGACUCCCCAGUUGAUUGCUCUUCUAUCCAUGAUAAGGAACAAGGAUACCGAUCGAGCGGACUUCAUCUUCUAUUCCAACAGAAUCAUCCGACUACUGGUGGAGGAGGGCCUCAACCAUCUCCCCGUCGUUGAAAAGACCAUCACCACGCCCGUCGGCCGCACUUACAACGGCUUGGGGUUCCAGGGCAAAAUAUGCGGCGUCUCCAUCAUGCGAGCGGGAGAGGCAAUGGAGCAGGGCCUACGUGACUGCUGUCGGUCCGUAAGAAUUGGAAAGAUAUUGAUUCAACGAGAUGAGGACACGGCGCAGCCGAAAUUAUUCUAUGACAAGCUUCCUGAGGAUAUUGCAAAGCGAUGGGUUCUCCUGCUGGACCCGAUGUUUGCAACAGGUGGUUCCGCUACAAUGGCCGUCGAGGUCCUCAAGAGUCGAGGCGUGCCUGAAGACCGCAUCCUCUUCCUCAACUUGAUUGCCAGCCCAGAAGGAAUAACAACGUUUGCCACCAAAUUUCCUCGCCUCAAGGUUGUGACGGCGUUCAUUGACGAGGGCCUGGAUGAGAAGAAUUACAUUGUUCCUGGUCUUGGAGACUUUGGCGACCGAUUUUAUACAAUUUGA